UUUCGCCAACCGAACCAGCACCCUACUAGACAACGAAGAGGACUGCUGCCUGCUGUUUGCCUCUCCGCACGCCUGGGUCUGCUUCAACGUUUGUUUGGUUGUGGUGCUUGGGCUGUCGGUGAUCGGCAAGGCCGUGAUCGCCGCUGCCGUCGUUGAUCGUUGUGGUUGAGGCGAGGAGACGCAGAGCAUACAAGCAAGUCGUGGUGCACAAGUGUACAAGCUCGCAGAUCGGCAUGACUGGCUGGUCGAGUGGCAAGGUUCAGCGGCUGAGCUCGAGCCCGACAAACGAGCUCCUUCAACUGUCGCCCAUUGACAAGGCUGCCUUUAACAAGCCCCUUGUCGCCUUUACACCACACCAUGUGUCCACAGACCAAGAAGAACUCAAAAGGCCCAAGCUCCCGUUUCGGCUCACGGGCGUGCUGUAUCUGCUGCUGACCAUCGAGUUCUUCCAGGGCUUGGGUGUGUUGUUCACGAUGGGCGUCGGCGAAGGCAGCUGGCCCAAAUCGUAA